GGACGAUCGAGCAGGUCGUAAAGAAACUAACGCGAUUCUUUGUACAUCUACAAACGCUACAUGGUGAGACAUGUUGACCAUGCAGUCCAACAAGCAGGAUGUGGCGACACCGAACGUCAACCCAGUUCUGUUCAUGACUGUGGACGGUGAGCCCAUGUCUUUCUUCCUGCCACCGGGUCCUGUGAAAAGCAAGCUCCAGCCCCUCAUCACAGCUGGGGCAGGGGUGUUGAACAAUGUGCAGCAGCCAGGAGCCAUCCUGCUUAUACCCCCAGAGGAAAGAGGCAUUAUUCCUGAAAAUAGGGCUCACUGGUACGUGUCCACCCAGUACAUCCUUGACUGUAUUGAGAAGGAUGAACAGCUGGACUUAGAGGACUAUAGGUUACAACCUGAAGUGGUCCUGAGACAGUCUCCUCGACCAAACAAUAACAAACAAAUCUCAACUGUAAACUAUGGAGGAAGGGUUGCCUACACCACUGAAGAGGAUGCUGCCAUUUUGACUUAUGUCAGCAAGCACAAAACAGAGACUAAGGGAACCCGGCUUUGGAAAAUUAUGGAGGAGGAGCGCGUGACCACGCACAGCUGGCAGUCAAUGAAAUACCAUUAUCAAGUGCCACUGGCAAAGAGAUAUCCAGAGGUUGUGGAGGUGGCAACAACAGAGGAAAACACAGACGCAGCCGAGAGCGAGACCAAGGUAGAAGAAAAUCAAGAGACAGAUGUUAACAAAAAGUCCAGUGCAGACGACUCUCUUUCUCCUCAGACACAUUCAACCGAAACGGACCUAGAACAGAUAGGUGCCCAGUCCACUCCAUCUGAAAGCAGAGAAACAGAAGUUGUCGAAACUCAAGCAUCCAUCCCUCCCCAAGAGGAAGUGCAACAUGUGGACCCACAGACAGAUAAACAACCAGCUGAAAGCACAGAGGUAGAGCCUGUAGAAGCUGAAACAUGUAGCUCCCCCCAACCAGAGGGUUCUUGCUUGGACGCACAGACAGAUGCCCAACCCGUUUCAGCUGAGAGUGCAGAAUCGGAAACGAAAGAACCACAAACAAUCAUUGUCAGUGUGUCAAGUGUGCCAGAGGAUUCUCCUUCAGCUGAGCCCGAGUUUCUGCCUGACACCUCCCCUCAGAAAAAGCCCAAAGAGAAGCAGAACGCCUCCCCCAAGCCGGAGCAACGACAGCGUCAAUUAACGCGGAGGCAGCUUCUGGUCGACGCGUCUUCAUCGCCUGAACCGUACGGCAAAAAACUCAGAUCAUCAAAAACUUCUCCAAGGCGACUAUCAUUAUCUCCUCAGCCCUCAAAGAAAACUAAAUCUGCCAAUAGGUCCGAUCUUCAGACGGACACAACAGACGACCAGCCGCCUUCUAAGAGAGCCAGAGGGACGAGUGUGGCAGAAAGUCCGGCUGCCAUCCCUGAAACCGCACAAGCAGCCGAUACAGAGUCUAAUUCAGUGCCAAAGAAAGGAGCGAAGAAGAAAGAAAAGAGAAAGUUGGGGAUUCUAGAAAUGGCUACAAAGGAGUUUGAAGAUGGAAGUGAGUCUGAAGAAGAUGGAAGUCUAGAUCUCCAGAAGCUGACUGAAACGGCCACGGUGCCCCCCACAUCAACCGAGCCUCCACCCCCAACCCCAGACACAGCUGCAGAUGUUGUUUCCACGCCGGCCAACCCUGAACAUGGACCCCGCCCCCAGGAGAACAUGCAGGUGGCCGAGGCCUCCUCCAGCACGUCCCUGCCUAAGACAGGCUGUCCUGAACCUGCGGCCAAUGGGGCCGUCAAUGCAGACUCCAAGGCCCACCUCUUCAUAUUUGACAGUGAAUCUCAGGAGGACUCUCAGUCCAUUAUUGGUGAUAAUCCAGUAGCUUUGUCCAAACCACAGUCAACCGUCAACAAAGACGCAACACUUUCACUGACUCAGGUCCAGUUGGAAGAGGACAAGCAGGAAAUCAAAGCGCUGAUGAACCAGACGAACCAGGAUUUAGUCAGUGUGACCAAAGCCCUGUUGAGGACCAGCGGAGACUUCUCUGCUGCUCGGGAGCAGCUUUUGAAUCCCUCCUCCGUUUCAGGACCAGUUUGGAAUCGCUGUGACGAUGGUCUUUUGUUCUCGACUGAUCCCGUCGUCCGACAGCAGCUACAAGAGAAAUACAGCGAGGAGGACGUGGCUAAAAGAAUCGUGUUCUUUGAGGUAGAGAGAUGAAAUUGAAAGAGAGGUCAGUAUAGAGAGAAAAGAGAAGAAUAAGAGGUCAAUACAUAAGGAGUCAACACCGCUAUUAUGCCGCUUAACUAGUGUGAGCUUGUUUGCUGGUAUUGGAUUAUUUAACAUGAAAACCACCGUCCCUCUACUUUAUUGCUGCUUCUUCUGGCUAACUUGAAGAGAUGAAAUCAUAAACAUUGAACCAGAGGGUUUAACUAUUAAACAUUUUAAGUAAGAUCAUUCUCUAUGUUUGGGAACAGAAUAUUGUAAUUUGUUUAGAAUAAAAAUACUGAUUUAUGUUGUUUUUAAUUAGUUGUAUGUUCUUUAUAUGGCAUGAAAUAUUUCUUACCAUUUUAAAAUCACAUGUUUUACAUUAUGAAAUAAAUAUCCUGUUUUCUA